AUGGCGUGGGAACAUCUUUCGGUCAACAAGCCGCAUCUGGUGUACCUCAUCCUGGGAGGCUUCACCACACUUUUCAUGCUAUGUUCUUCCAUCAUUAAGGAGCGGCUGUACAUUGGCGAGGCAACGGUGGCAACACUAUGCGGCAUCAUAUUCGGCCCCCAUGCGGCGAAUCUCAUCGAUCCCCUCACUUGGGGCAACACGGACCAGAUCACUCUGGAGUUCUCUCGGAUUGUACUGGUGGUACAAUGUUUUGCCGUCGGUGUCGAACUGCCAAAGCACUACAUGGAGAAGCACUGGCGGUCGGUCACAUUCCUACUGAUCCCAGUCAUGACCUUCGGCUGGUUGGUCACGAGUCUAUUCAUUUGGGCAGUCUUCCACCAGUGGGCCAACUGGCUAGACUGUCUCUGCAUCGCCGCUUGUGUCACCGCGACUGAUCCCGUGCUGGCAUCCUCCGUCGUCGGUAAGGGCAAAUUCGCAAAGCGGGUGCCAAAGCAUCUGCGAGAUUUGCUUUCUUGCGAGUCUGGCUGCAACGAUGGCAUGGCUUUUCCUUUCGUUUACCUGGCCAUCUACAUUAUUCGAUACAAGGAGGAGCCGGAGCACGUCGCCCUGCACUGGUUUUGCUACACGAUUCUCUACGAGUGUAUCUUCGGAGCGACCUACGGUUUAAUUGUUGGCUACAUUGCACGACGCCUGAUCCGCGCAGCACAUGAGCGCGACUACAUCGAUCGAGAGUCUUUCCUGGUGUUCUACUUCGUCCUGGCUUUGUUCUGCGCUGGAUCUGGAGCAUUGCUAGGCACGGACGAUUUGCUCGUCGGCUUCGCGUGCGGUGUUGGCUUCAGUAACGAUGGCUGGUUCACGGAGAAGACGGAGGAAUCGCAUGUCUCCAACGUUAUCGACCUGCUCAUUAACUUGACGUUCUUCGUCUACUUCGGCACCAUCAUCCCGUGGGACCAAUUCAACGCUGCUCACCUUGGCCUGGACGCGUGGCGACUGGUGGUUAUUGCGCUCUUGGUUUUAUUCUUCCGACGCAUUCCGAUCAUGCUGUGUCUAAAGCCGGUUAUCCCUGACAUCAAAACGUGGCGUGAGGCACUGUUCGCUGGCCACUUUGGGCCGAUUGGUGUUGGUGCCAUUUUCGUGGCUAUCUUGGCCAGAGCCGAGUUGGAGACCGAAGAGACUACGCCACUUGCAGUUUUACCUGAGCCUGGCUUCCCGCAUCGGAACGUAAUUGAGCUGAUAUGGCCGAUCACCGCCUUUUUAGUGAUCACAUCCAUCCUUGUUCACGGAUCUUCGAUUGCGGUGUUCACGCUUGGCAAGCACAUCAACACGCUCACGCUUACGAUGUCCUACUCCAAGGCGGUGGACGAGCCGAACUGGAUGGAGCGGUUACCUCGCAUCCAAUCUCGAUCAAAGAGCUCGAUGUCUGCAAGAUCUGACACCGAUUUCGAGGUGGAGAACGAGAAAGGCCCGCUUCCACCAGGCAUGCUUCCCGCUGUUGGUCGUGGACCGUUCUUGCGGCGACAGAAGGAAGAGGAUAACCCAAGCCGUGUGCAGAGCCGCUCGUCUAGCAGGCACCGACCGAAGCACAGCAAGAACUGGGAGACUGGUCGUGGACCUGGUGGCCCCAUCAGUCAGUCUGCGAUCAAGCCACAGCCAAGAGACCAGCAGAGUCCAGAGCACCAUGAAAGUGGCGACUCUGAUACGCUGGCCGUCAAGAGUGAGCCUGCAUCUGACGAGCAGAAAGACCCAGAUAGGGCGCGCAGGACUCAGGCUGGUGAGAUUUACGAAGAGGGCGAGAAGACUGUUUACGAAGACGAAGAGGGUAAUGUCCUUGCCGUCGAAGACUCAAAGCAACUCCAGCCCCAAGGAACCCGUGAGGAGGACGAACAACGGGAAGGCAGACGCCUCAUGCACGCGGCCGGCGCUGAUCGCAAUCGCCGCGGUGUUGCCAGUCCGGAUUGGCAGGCAGACCAGGGCGGCGAAGCGUUCAUGGACAGGGUCAGAUCUUGGGGGGAGGAGGAAGCUGGCAAGGCUGAAAAGGAGAAAGACAAGGUGGAGGACUACUUCGAGCCCAAGACCGAGUCCAAGGCCGAGCCUGCCAAAUCUGCGCAACCCCAACGACCCGGCCAACGGUGGCGUGAAGGUGUCAAGAAGAUGAGCACCAAAGGCUUCCUCGCCCCGAAGAAGGAUGAGGAGAAGGCUACGCUGGAGCCUGUGGCUGAGAAGACGCAUGGUCCGGCUCGUGCUUAUCAGUUCGGCAACACUAUCAUCGUCGAGGACGAGGACGGCGAGGUCAUCAAGAAGUACGACAUCCCUGCUCCAGAUCGGAAGCAGAGCUAUUCUGGCGCCAAUCCGAAGACUACUCGGCAAAGAUUGCAGUCCAUGGGUACUAUGCUCGGGAUGGGCGAGAGAGAAAAGAGGAUUCAAGCCAAGGAGGCUGGCGAGACUGCCGGGCCUAGUCAGCCCGCUGAGGCUGCGGCAGCCAAACCUCCCGCUGCUGGUCCAGAUGACGAAGAGAACCUGCGCUUCACUAUCACCACCGGCGGCAGACGCAUGAGUAAAGCGGACUUCAUCGACGCCAUCCGUGACAUGGACCCGAAACGCCGCGUGCAAGCCGUAGAGGACAGCAACGCACCCGAAGGUGUCAAGCGCGAGGCUCGCGCAGAGGCCCGGGAACAAGCUGCCCAUCUCCGGCGUGGCACCUCUGGUAACGUGCCGGUCGUCAACGAGCAGCCCGAGGGCGAGGAUGACCGCAUGGCCGAAAUCGAGAAAGUUGCCACCCACGAAACCGACAACGACCUCCGCCUCGUCGACUCGGAGAACCAGCAAGUUCCCUUCCACGACGUCUCCCGCGAACUCCGAAACUACUCCAUGAACCAGUCUACCGGCGAAACAGCUGCCGAGCGUCGCCGGCGCGAAGCCCUGCAAGACCAGAACGCAGGCGACUCUGAUUCCGAAGACGACGGCACCGACCGCGUGCCGCCGAAACCAGUAGCCAGCUCGUCGACCGCUGAGCAGAGACAGUUCAGCGACACGGGCGAGACUGCUGCAGAGCGGAGACGGCGAGAGGGAGCGCUGGGCUUGAGGGAAGAGGAGAGCAGUGAUAGCGAGGACGACAAUGAGCCGAGACAGUUGCCGCAGGGGCAGGCGCAGAAUGUGCGGUUUGCGGACCAGGCGGAGCCGAAGGAGAGGCCGGCGAGGCAGAGUGUUGGAGUAUUGGGUUGUGGAUAUGGGGAUAUGGGUGUUUGA